UAAACAUCUCAUAUUCAUAUAUACUCAUCAUCUUCCCGAUAAGUCCCGCUUAUUUCACAUAUACUACUCCUGCAUUUUAUUAUUUCUAUAACCUACCUCAUAUUUAAAAAAAAAAUAAAUAAAUAAAACUUGAAGGACUAAACUGUAAAGUCGCACUUUCCCUUUUCUCCUCAUAUCUAUUUAAAUUGAGACAUAGAAAUCAUAGUAUUCAAACUUAACAUAAAAUAGCAAAGUACCUUACUCUCGUCAAACUUAUUUUAUUAAUUAAUUUGAGCUAAGGAUAUGGCACAAGCACAAGCCAAUGAUCAAGCCAUUGUCCAGUACGGGCCUUAUGGUUCUAAGGCACAAGAAAACUAUCGUUGGGAUCUUUCUGCAAAUGAACGUAUCAUAGAAGUGUUAGUAAAUCAUUACGACUAUGUGGACGCAAUUGGGUUCAAGGUUAUUAGGCCGGACGGGACUACCUACAUUGUACGCUUCGGUGGAAAUAACUCAAAACACUCUAAGUUCCAAGCGAUAGUGCAGUACGGACCUUAUGGUUCUAUGUUUCCGGAAACCUACCGUUGGCAACUUUCCGAUAGUGAACGUAUCACUCAAAUAAUAAUAAAUCAUGGAAAUGUUGUUGAUGCAAUUGGGUUUUUGAUUUCUAAGCCAGACGGGACUACGUACUCUAAGCGCUUCGGUGGGAAUACACCCAAUCCAUCUAUUAUUGUACUUAAGAGUGGAGAGUACCCAACUGGGUUUAGUGGACAACAUGGAUACGAUAAUGACCAUAAUCAAGUGGGCAUUGCAAAAAUAAAGGUAUACACCAAUUUGAACCCUCAGGGAUAUGGACCUUAUGGACUUGCCGAGGAUGUUGAUAACAUAAAUGAUUUCGAAACGCCACUUCAAUAUGGUUUACCUCUUGUCGGAGUUUUUGGAGCUUGCGACGACACACUCGAGUCCGUUGGUAUUCUCCUCAAAAAGGUUUUGAGCUCCUCUUAAUUGUGCUGCUGAUGAAGUCUUUUGGCUAUACCAGACUAAGCAUCAACUUUCACGUACGGAUAUCUAUCUAGCUAUAUGAUGUAUAUUUUGUUUGAAUAAGCCACAUUUGUGUACGGAAGUUGUGGCCUCUCAAUUAAGUGUAUUUUCGAAUCUUAAACUCGAGUUAUUAUUGUAUUGUUGUCUAUCGUAUUUGUUAUUAAUAAUAAUAUAUUGUUGGCGUCUAAUAUGUAAUUGUGUAUAUAUAAAUAUUUGAU